AUGGAGAAGAUCACGGAUAAGAUAGCGGCUUUGCCGCCGGACGCAAACUACUUCUCUUUGGAGUUCUUCCCUCCAAAGACUCAGAUGGGUUUUGCCAAUCUUCAAGCCCGUUUGGAACGCAUGGCACAAGCUUUGCGACCAUUGUUCGUCACUGUCACCUGGGGCGCCGGAGGUAGCACUGCACAAAGAUCUCUGGAGUUGGCGGAAAUCUGCCAGCGCCAGUUGCAAUUGACAACAUGUUUACAUCUUACCUGCACCAAUAUGAGUCGGGCCUUGGUGGAUGAGGCACUAGAAGAGGCCAAGGUAUUGGGAAUACGCAAUAUCCUGGCUCUUCGGGGUGAUCCGCCGCGCAGUGAGGAAUACAACAUGCAUGGAGAAGACGAUAGCAACAAGGACUUUACGUUUGCGGUGGAUCUAGUACGGUACAUUCGCCAAAAGUACGGUGAUUACUUUUGUCUAGGCGUGGCUGCCUACCCAGAAGGUCACCCAGUCGAUUCUUUCCAAGACGUCCAGGAUCCCAAGACCGACCUUCCAUAUCUAGUGGAGAAGACUCAGGCGGGUGCAGACUUCAUAAUGACUCAGUUGACAUAUGACAUUGAGGCAUACACUAAGUUUGAGAAUAUGCUACGGAACCACGAAUCGGGCGCCUUCAAGACCAUCCCUAUCAUUCCUGGCCUGAUGCCAAUCCACAGCUACAAGAUCUUGACGAGAGUGACAAAGCUCAGCCAUGUCCAAAUUCCGCCUCAGAUUCUCUCGAAGCUAGAAGCAGUUAAACACGAUGACGAUUCUGUGAAGCGCAUUGGUGUGGAUAUUAUCAGCAGUCUUGUGGAUGGCAUGAGAGAUAUCCCCUGUCCUGGAAUCCGAGGGUUUCACUUUUAUACACUGAAUCUUGAGAAGACGGUGUCUUUCAUCCUUGAACGCUGCGACCUGAUCCCUCCAUACUCUGAAGACUUCGACGCAAUAGAAGAAGGUGAUGAUAUCUCUGCGAUGGACGGGGCUCAACUACGCUCUUUAACCAGGAGAAGGGCUUCGUCUAUCAAUUCCCUUCCCCAUAACCGGGUCAUUGUAGACAAACUACAUGCUUCUGAAGCGUCAUCGAAGGCCUCCAUUUCUCAUGAAGCCCCCGCUACUAGUGCUGGGAUGCCUGCGAUGCCACCAGAUCGCAGUACAACCCUUCAGAUUUCCGAAGGUCUGGGGGCACUUGGUAGGGAGGCUACGUGGGAUGACUUCCCCAACGGUCGCUGGGGUGAUGCCCGUUCGCCAGCAUUCGGUGAGAUUGAUGGUUAUGGCCCGUCAUUACACGUUCCUCCUUCAGUUGCCCACAGAAUCUGGGGUUUCCCUGUGUCGCGUGAGGACAUCAGCGCUCUCUUCCGCCGCCACGUCUCAGGUGAACUGCAUAUGGUUCCGUGGUCAGAAGGCGGUGCUGAAGAAGGUAGCUCUGGCUUGAAUGCAGAAACAGAAAUCAUUCGCCCAGAGCUUCUACAACUCAUUGAUGGUAAUGGUUGGUGGACUUUGGCAUCUCAGCCAGCUGUGAACGGCGUUCGUAGUGAUGACCCUAUUUACGGCUGGGGUCCCCCUCGCGAGGGAUUCGUUUUCCAGAAACCAUUCGUUGAGUUUUUCUGUCCCAGCAAAGACUACCACUCAAUACUUAAGCCACUACUUCAGAAGCACGGUCAUGAGAAACUUGCCUGGUUCGCUGCCAAUGUUAAGGGUGACUUUGAAUCGUCUCUGCCGGCCCAAACCUCCGACGCUGAUCCCAUUGAAAUGAACCCGAAUAAUGUCAACUCCGUGACAUGGGGUGUCUUUCGUGGAAAAGAAAUCGUCACCCCCACUAUCAUUGAAGAAGUCAGCUUCCGCGCUUGGGGUGACGAGGCGUUUCGAAUCUGGGAUGAAUGGCGCCGCAUCUACCCCCGUAACUCUGCAACUGAGCGUUUCCUCAAUGAAACCAAGGACGAUGUUUGGCUCGUCUGCGUUGUCGGGCAGGACUUUGGAGCGGGCACCGAGAUGGGAUCGGAGGAAGAGGAGGAUGAGAAGAAAUUUAUGUGGAGGGUACUACUGAACGCAAAAUAA